UUGUCACAAGAUGGAAAUGUAAGUUAAAUGAAAACUACUUUGUUCAAAGAAUUACUCAUUGUAUCAUUUCCUUGUUCCAGACAUAGCGUCGUACUCGGAGAACAUACCAAGGGCCAAGACAUUGAUUGCAACAUUUAUCAUGAUAUCAAGGGUGAAGAAAUUGAAAGGGACUGCGCUGGACCGAUUGAGGAGUUCGGGAUUGAAUCGUUCGAUGUUCACCAAGAUUACAAUCGACCGAAAUACAGCAACGACAUUGGAUUGAUUCGACUGGAUAAAGAUGUUACUAUGAACGAUCACAUAAAACCAAUAUGUUUACCAGUUACGGCGGAUCUACAAAGAAAAGUGUUUGAAAACUAUGUUGUUACUGGUUGGGGAACCACAGAAGCUCAAAAGGGGUCCAAUAUUUUGCUGGAGGCAGUUUUACCCUAUGUGGACAUAUCCGAGUGUCGCCUGAAAUUGAAAGAAAACACAAUGAACGCUUGGCUUAGCGAUAAUCAAAUGUGCGCUGGGGGUAAGAAUAAGGUCGAUUCCUGUAAGGGUGACUCUGGCGGACCACUUGGAUUCAGUGCCAAUUAUAACGGUGCCCGAUUCGUACAGUUCGGAAUCGUUUCCUUCGGAGUGAGUGACUGUGGGCAAAAGAGCGUACCCGGUGUAUACUGUCGGGUGGCAGCCUAUAUGGAUUGGAUAGCGGAACACAUUAAACCCUAAUUUUGUAGUGAUUAUGACAGUCUGCACUUGUGUUUAAAAAACACUUUCGGUAGUUAGUAAAAUCAGGUCUCGAGAAAACCAGAUAUAAAAUUUCACCGGAAUUAAUGCGGGUUUUAUUGCUGAAAGAAAGUUCAUAGCCUACUGCUGUAUUUACUUAGAGCAGCCGUACCAGUCGUUGCCAUUUGCGGCACUAUUUUUCUUACGCACAGCGUUUCCAUUUUGGCUUAAUCACUCCUCUCCAUACCGGUCGUUGCUAUCAGAGUCAUAAUUUAAGUUACCGUUUUCCACACC